AUGACGCAAGAGAUUCUCAGACAGCAUCAAAAGCAGUCAGAUAUCGAAUCGACUACCGUGUCGUCGACACUACAUCCCUCUGAUGAUUAUCUUUCCAUGGCUGAUAGCAUCUAUGCUCGGAAUAUCAGCGGAAGUGAUAGGCUGGGGGAUACUCCAGCUACUGGCUCGUCCGCGCAGGGCAUGCCGCCAGAGAGCAUCGUCGAUAGAAUUACCUCCCGGAACGGAGGUCUUAACCCUCAAAGCGAUGGUCAACUCGCAUACUUCGGCCCGACAAGUAUCUUUCGCCUGGCCAGGAUUCCAAACACGCAACAUGACGAAUCUACAACGGGAUUGGAAGACGCCAAUACGAUGACAAGUGUCGAUCCUGAGUAUGACACGAGGCUUGAGCCAGAGCCUGUCGUUCAGCAUUUACUUGACCUGUUCUGGGAGUGGCAAGCCUGCCACCUCCAAGUUGUGCACAAGCGGUUGUUUUUGGCUCAUAAAAAGUCAUACGAUAGCGACGAAUCGACAAAGAGGUACGACUAUUUCACUCCGUCCGUAUUAUACGCGAUCUUGGCCAUGGCUUCCUUUAUCAGUCCGGAUCGUGGUGUGCGUAAGUAUUCCAUGGGUUGUGGGACCAUACCUGGACACAUGUAUGCCGAGAAAGCUAGACAUCUGCUCGACAAAGAGAUGGCGCAUCCCAGUAUGCUUACAGUCCAAUGCGCCCUGGUCCUUGCGUCCCGCUACGGGGCCCUCGGUGAGACGACAGCUGGUUGGCUGUACUGCGGCAUUGCAUCAAGGAUCUGCUCAGACCUUGGACUCUACGCAGACAGAAGCCGGAUGGGACCGGAUCAUGGGAUCUCAGACGACUUAGCUGAGAACAGGCAAGCAGUCUUCUGGGGAUGCUUCGUUCAGGACAAGUUAUGGAGUGUCUACUGUGGCAGACCUUCCGGGAUUCUCGACGAGCAUAUAUCCAUCAGACAGCCAGACCUCGAUGUGACAGGCCACUCACAGGCCGACGCAGCAGGCGCCGUGGCUGCAGUGUACCACCAAAUUGUGGUGCUGUCGGUACAGUGCUCGCGGAUACAUCGGGAGCUUUACUCCCUGAAGAAUGAGGACCAACCUGAACAGUUGCGAAAGGCUGCGGACACAAUUCAUGCUAAUCUGAUGACAUACCAUUCCAACUUGCCAGAUGCACUACAAUGGCCCAACAGGGACUCAACGCCAAGCUCUGCGCACGUUCUCGUGAUGCAUAUGCAUUUUUACUUCUGCUUGCUUCUUCUACAUCGGCCAUUUAUCAAUUUCCAGGAGGUGACGACGAACAAAGACCGACCGCUAUUGAAUUCGGCGAGUAUAUGUACUUUGGCUGCAGGGAAUAUCACCAAGCUCAUCCGUGACUACUCCACUUUCUACAACCUCAGGAUGAUUGCUAGCCCGGCUGUACACUUCGUUUUCAUUGCUGCUACCGUACACCUUGUGGAUCUGCAAUAUACCAACAAAUGCGACAGCCGGACACUUUUUCAGGGAUGUCUCUCUAGCCUAAAGGAGAUGGGCAACAGCUAUCCCCACAGCAGCAAGGCAAUCGCCGUGCUAAAAGAAGCCGAACGCGCAUACUGCACCGAGGCUCGUGCUGCGUCUUCUCAGACGAAUCCGGUCCAAAAUGAGCCUGCAAUGAGUGGAGUAAGCUCUCGGAUGGAAACGUCAGUCUCAGAGCAUCGUUACGCCAAUGGUACAGACAUAAGGCACAGCGCCCAGACAACGGCGGAUUCGGAAUUUUGUGCCUCCGAUUCCGGUCUGCCCGUUUUGCCAUCAGAGAAUAAGAUCGCGGACUAUCUGCCCGGAGAGGACUUCGACCUCGAAAACUUCGACUGGAGCAUGUUUCAAUCGCCGGUGGAGUUCCCUGCGGGCAUUGAGAAUGUUGACUUCGAGACGUACGCCUUUCACAACGAAUUAUAA